UAAUAUAUAUAUAUAAGAAUUUUGCAGAAAAUACUAAGGACCCUAAGUGUAAAUUUAUAGACAACUUGGGUCACAAAGUAUAGGUUAGAUACAAUGACAGAUUCCAUAUAUAAGGGUGAAGAUUUUGAAGAUAAAGUUAGAAAACAAGUUGAAUUUUAUUUUUCUGAUUCUAACUUACAAACUGAUAAAUUCUUGUGGAGAAUUUAUGAAGCAAAUGAUGGAUGGGUUGAAUUAAAGACUAUAUUAACAUUCAGUAGAAUGAGACAAUAUCGUCCUGAAGAAAAAGUUAUUGAAGCUUUAAAAAAUUCAAGUGAAUUAGUUCUUUCAUCUAAUGAAGAUAUGAUUAGAAGAAAAGAACCAGUUAAAGAUUUUAAUGAAGUUAAAAAUACAAGAAAGAGAAAUACUGUUCAUAUUGAAGGAUUUCCAAAAGAUGCUAGUCAAGAAGAUUUAGAAUCAUGGUUUAAUAAUAAAAUUAUUCCAAAUUUACCUGAAGAAAAAGUAUUUUCAUCAUUACGUCGUAUUAAAAGUAGAAUUAAUAAAGAAUUCUUUGGAGUUGUUGAUAUUGAAUUUAAAACUCAAAAGGAUGCUGAUUAUAUUUUAAGUAAUAUUCAACUUAGUUAUCCUGAAGGAAUUGUUAAGGAAGGUGAAGAAGGUUUUGAUAGUAAGAAAAUAUUAAAGAAAAUGUCCUUACUUACUUUCCAAGAAAUGAGAGAAAGUGGUAAAAGAUUCGGAGUUAAUGAUGUUACUAAGAGACGUAAUAGUUUCAAUGAUAAUCAUCGUGGAAAUAAAAGAUUUAAAAAAGGUGGAAAGGGUAAUGGUAAUGGUAAUGGUAAGAAGCAUUCUCAUGAAAAAUCACAAGAAUUAAAAGAGGCUACUGAAGAAUCAUCUGAUGUUCCCACCGAUUCCAAACCAGUAGAGCAACCAGAACAAUCAAAACCAAAGGAAGUUGAUUCAACUGAAGAGAUCAAAGAAUCUAAAGAAUCUAAAGAAUCUAAGGAAUCCAAUCAAUCUGAAUCAGCACCUGUUGUUGAUGCUUCAGAAAACUAGACACAUUAGAACUAUGAAUCACCAUAACAUAACUACAACAUAACUAUAACAUAACUAUAACAUAACUAUAAC